AUGGUCUAUCUAUCUAUCUAUCUAUCUAUCUAUCUAACUCUAUCUGUCAAUCUGCCUAUCUAUCUAUCUAUCUAUCUAUCUAUCUAUCUAUCUAUCUAUCUGUCAGUCUGCCUAUCUAUCUAUCAAUCCAUCUAUCUAUCUGUCAUCUAUCUAUCUAUCUAUGUAUCUAUCUAUCUAGCUAGCAUAGCUAUCAAUCCAUCUAUCUAUCUAUCUAUCUAUCUAUCUAUCUAUCUGUCAGUCUGCCUAUCUAUCUAUCAAUCCAUCUAUCUAUCUCUAGCUAUCUGUCAAUCUGCCUAUCUAUCUAUCUAUCUAUCUAUCUAUCUAUCUGUCAGUCUGCCUAUCUAUCUAUCAAUCCAUCUAUCUAUCUGUCAGUCUGCCUAUGUAUCUAUCUAUCUAGCUAGCUAUCUAUCUAUCUAUCUAUCUAUCUAUCUAUCUAUCUAUCUAUCUAUCUGUCAGUCUGCCUAUCUAUCUAUCAAUCCAUCUAUCUAUCUCUAUCUGUCAAUCUGCCUAUCUAUCUAUCUAUCUAUCUAUCUAUCUAUCUAUCUAUCUAUCUAUCUAUCUGUCAGUCUGCCUAUCUAUCUAUCUAUUUUCUUUGUUAUCAUUCUGAAAACUCCAGAGGAAAGAAAGAAUGGUCUAUUUCAAUCUAUCUAUCUAUCUAUCUAUCUAUCUAUCUAUCUAUCUACUCACUUCAUUGUAAUUACACCCCUCUGA